UAGAAGCAGAUUCUCGCUCCUACUCCAAACUCUGUUUUGGCCCACCUGCCUCUACUCCAGUCUUCACCAUGUCCAUCAGGGUUACCCAGAAGUCCUACAAGGUGUCUACCUCCGCCCCACGGGCCUUCAGCAGCCGCUCAUACAGCAGUGGGCCCGGUGCCCGCAUCAGCUCCUCGAGCUUCUCUCGGGUGGGCAGCGGCAGCUUCCGGAGUGGCCUGAGCACCGGCCUGGGUCUGGGUGGAGGCUACGCCGGGGCUGGAGGUAUGGGGGGCAUCACAGCCGUCACAGUGAACCAGAGCCUGCUGAGCCCGCUCAACCUGGAGGUGGACCCCAACAUUCAGGCCGUGCGCACCCAGGAGAAGGAGGAGAUCAAGACCCUCAACAACAAGUUUGCCUCUUUCAUCGACAAGGUGCGCUUCCUGGAGCAGCAGAACAAGAUGCUGGAGACCAAGUGGAACCUCCUGCAGCAGCAGAAGACAGCUCGCAGCAACAUGGAUAGCAUGUUUGAAAGCUACAUCAACAACCUUCGGCGACAGCUGGACACACUGGGCCAGGAGAAGUUGAAGCUGGAGGCAGAGCUUGGCAACAUGCAGGGGCUGGUGGAGGACUUCAAGAAUAAGUAUGAGGAGGAGAUCAACAAGCGUACGGAGAUGGAGAAUGAAUUUGUCCUCAUCAAGAAGGAUGUGGAUGAAGCGUACAUGAACAAGGUGGAGCUGGAGUCCCGCCUGGACGGGCUGACUGAUGAAAUCAACUUCCUCAGGCAGCUGUAUGAAGAGGAGAUCCGUGAGCUGCAGUCCCAGAUCUCAGACACGUCGGUGGUCCUGUCUAUGGACAACAGCCGCUCCCUGGACAUGGACAGCAUCAUUGCUGAGGUCCGCGCCCAGUACGAGGAGAUCGCCAACCGCAGCCGGGCUGAGGCUGAGAGUGUGUACCUGACCAAGUACGAAGAGCUGCAGGUGCAGGCUGGGAAGCACGGGGACGACCUGCGGCGCACGAAGACGGAGAUCUCCGACAUGAACCGGAACAUCAGCCGGCUCCAGAAUGAGAUCGAAGCUCUCAAAGGCCAGAGGGCUGCCCUGGAGGCCUCCAUUGCGGAUGCUGAGCAGCGUGGGGAGCUGGCUCUUAAGGAUGCCAACGCCAAGCUGGCCCAGCUGGAGGCUGCCCUGCGUCAGGCCAAGCAGGACAUGGCUCAGCAGCUGCGUGAAUACCAGGAUCUGAUGAAUGUCAAACUGGCCCUGGACGUGGAGAUCGCCACCUACCGCAAGCUGCUGGAGGGCGAGGAGAGCCGGCUGGAGUCGGGGAUGCAGAACAUGAGUAUCCACACGAAGACCACCAGUGGCUACUCAGGUGGCCUGAGCUCGGCCUACGGGGGCCUCACAAGCCCUGGCCUCAGCUAUGGUCUGAGCUCCUUCCAGACUGGCUUUGGCUCUGGUGGGGGCUCCAGCUCCUUCAGCCGCACCAGCUCCAGGGCUGUGGUUGUGAAGAAGAUUGAGACCCGAGAUGGGAAGCUGGUGUCUGAGUCCUCUGAUGUCCUGCCCAAGUGAGCUGUACUGUGGCCCCUUCAGUCCACCCUCUCACAUGGCUCCCACAGAGCCUGUGGGGGAGACAGCUGUGCCAGGGAGCACAUGGAACAGGAGACCCACCUGAGGCUCAGCCCCAUCCCUCAGCCCAUCUUUUUGGGCAGUUUACCACCUGGGUUACCCCCUCUUACACCCCCAACUAAAAACCAAUUUUAUUGCUUUUUCCAAAAUAAAGCCUCAGCCGCAUUGCCAAUCA